GCAAUUAUUGAACAACUAUUUUUGAGUCGUGUAAUCAUGGUGUCAUGUUCUAUUUAAAAACAACAUUUCCUACAUUUCCGUUUCUGGAGAAGCAGAUCAAUUCUUCAGCUUGAAAGGUUGAAUAGAAAAACUUGAUUUCAAAGUCAGCGAAACAUCUGCAUGGCUUUAACUUCUGACUUCGUUCGUAUAUUGUUUGUUUGUAUGUGUCUACUGAAUGGAGUGAAAGGAAUUGAUGAGUUAGAUCAAUACUGUCUGGACAAACAACCAAAGACUCAAAGAACUAUCCGAAGCAAACUUUCCUAUGUGAACUUUUUACGCAUGUGCAGCAGUGUGAAACAAUAUAGUAACUGUUUGGUAAACACAAGAUUCAAACCUCCAAAAACUCUCAACAUUUCGUACUAUGAGUUGCAAUUUCCUAUAAGCUUCGAUAUCUACAGAGCUGGCUACGAAUUCUGCACAAAAACACUUCCUAAUUUUCAUAGAGAUGAGGUCCGUGAGAUUUCAGACAAUAAUCUCUACAACUGUGAACAGCUUUACAAAGUUCCUGGCAGCUGCAAAAGUAGACCCGGCUCUGAACUGAUGAACAAGCUUAAAGCUGCAAUUGACAGUCGCAGCAACGACGCCUCUACCCUCGCAUGCAAGGCCUCCGUUGACCACUACAAAUGCCUGGAGGAUGCCUACAGGAAGGGAUGUAAUGAAAGCAAUAAAAUAUUUUUUGUUUAUUUCUUUGCAAGACUAGGAGGGGCGUGUCUUAAAUCAGAGGGAGUCAGUAACGACCUCGUACUUAAGACAGUUUGCAAGAGCAGGUCCACUUCAGGUGCAGGAGGGCUGGAGUUAGGAUAUGUUAAGUGGACUUUGGUCAUUCUUAUUAGCAUGCUGUUGAACCUUGGAUCUUAUUACGUUCAUUCAAGUAUUACGUCACGUAGCCUUGAGACUGGUCCAAACAUGAUGGAACAGAAAAACUUUACGAGGCAGCAAGCGCCAAGACUAUUUCUUAAUUACAAGUAAUAGAUGUUAAUGAUUUAGCUGGUUGUUUGUUGAUGGAAUUCUUGACUUGUAGAGAGGACAACGACUGCCGUCUCGCAAGAGGUUGUUGCUAUUUCUUGACUUGUAGAGAGGACAAAGACUGCCAUCUCAUGAGAGGUUGUUGACCAUCAUGACCUAACAUUCACUAUCAUGACCUAACUUUCACCAUCAUGACCUAACAUUCACCAUCAUGACCUAACAUUCACCAUCAUGACCUAACAUUCACCAUCAUGACCUAACAUUCACCAUCAUGACCUAACAUUCACCAUCAUGACCUAACAUUCACCAUCAUGACCUAACAUUCACCACCAUGACCUAAUAAGAUACAAAACAAUGUUUGAAUCGUUCCAAACUCAAAGAGAAAAAUAUUUCCAUUAGGUCGUUCAUGUUGCCAUGGUAACAACAUAGGCGCACAAUGUUUAUCAUUUAUUACUUCCAAGGACUUCCUUCCCUAAUUAUUUUGUUUCUGUCGUAACAUUUUAAGAAAUUGGAGAGAUGGGUCCUAUUAAAUAAUUAACUUGUUGAUGUUACCAGCAAAGUGCGAAAUCCAAAAAACAUUUUAUUCAUGCUUAAAAGACAUAUUCUUUGACUUAUUUCACAAACAUCAAGUUUUAUAUUUCUUUGGAUUCCUGUUGUAAUUUCAAAAAUCAUUAUGAAUUCCGUAGUGUCAUAUUCUUUGAAUUUAAUUAGUCAAUUAAUUAUUUGUAAUUAUUUUUUUAAAUAUCGAAAAAAGGAAAUUGCUUCUACAUUAUUAAAUGUGGAGAUACGCUUUGAUAUUAUUAAAAGUAUUGAAAAAUUU